AUGAAGAAGAAACAACAAAAGCAGGAAUUUGUAGCUGAGACAUCAGAGAUGAACAACAACAACGAGUGUUCUGGACAAGACCAACAAAAACGAUAUGUGUGGCCAUGGGUUGGUCUAGUAGCCAACGUACCAACUGAGGUGGAACCAUCUGGUCGGAGAGUAGGCAAAAGCGGUUCAACGUUACGUGAUGAGUUCACUCUGAAAGGGUUUAAUCCAACAAGAGUCAAACCCAUUUGGAAUACCAAGGGACAUACUGGUUUUGCUUUGGUUGAAUUCGCUAAAGACUUUAAAGGAUUCGAAAGCGCCAUGCAAUUCGAAAAGAGUUUUGAUUUAGACCGUCAUGGGAAGAGAGAUUGGAAAAAAGGUCAUCGCUUGAGAGAUGAUAAGCUUUAUGGAUGGCUUGCGAGAGAGGAUGAUUAUAAUCGAAGUGAUACUGUUGGGAAGAAUGUCAAGAAGAAGAGGGAUUUGAAAAGUAUCUCUCAGAUUGUAGAGGAAGACCAGAGGAAACUGUAUCAUCUAUUUGAGAAUAUGUGUCAAACCAUUGAGAAGAAUAAGCAACGUAAACAACAGCUUGAACAGAAAGUUGAUGAGACUUUGGAGAGUUUGGAAUUUCAUAACCUUAUGUUAAACAAUAGCUACCAAGAAGAGAUUCAGAAGAUGGAGAAGAAUAUGCAAGAGUUUUAUCAACAGGUUCUUGGUGGACAUGAAAAGUCUUUUGCAGAACUGGAGGCAAAGAGGGAGAAGCUUGACGAGCGUGCAAGAUUGAUUGAGCAACGGGCUAUCAAAAACGAAGAAGAGAUGGAAAAGACCAGGCUUGAAAGAGAAAUGAUUCAAAAGGCUAUGUGUGAGCAGAAUGAAGCGAAUGAGGAAGCUAUGAAACUUGCAGAAAAGCACCAGAAAGAGAAGGAGAAGCUUCAUAAAAGGAUAAUGGAAAUGGAAGCUAAGCUAAAUGAAACGCAAGAGCUUGAGUUGGAGAUAGAGAAGCUGAAAGGUACUACAAAUGUGAUGAAGCAUAUGGUGGGUUGUGAUGGAGAUAAAGAUAUUGUGGAGAAGAUAGCCAAAACUCAGAUAGAGCUUGACGCUCGAGAAACAGCUCUCCAUGAAAAAAUGAUGACUCUCGCACGAAAAGAACGUGCGACCAACGAUGAGUAUCAAGACGCUCGUAAAGAGAUGAUUAAGGUAUGGAAGGCGAAUGAAGAGUUGAUGAAGCAAGAGAAGAUUAGAGUGAAGAUAAUGGGGGAGUUGAACCCUGCACCCUUCUUGCCUGCAGUGAUGAACAAACAUAAGGCUAUGAUGCUGUGUUCAGUGUGGGCAGCAGAGAUAGGAGAUGUGCAAUGGACUCCAUUUAGGGUCGAUGAGUCUGAUGGAACACCAAAGCAAAAAUUACAUAUAUCUCAACAUUCCAAAUGUGAAAUGCAGAGAGUGGUGGAUGAAAAUGAUGAGAAGCUUCGUAUGCUGAAGAACCAGUACGGUGAAGAAGUUUAUAGUGAAGUGGUAAGAGCAAAGCUAGAGAUGGAGGAACAUAACGCUAGUGGCAGCUAUGAGACUGAAGAGCUUUGGAACUAUGAGGAGAACCGAAAGGCGACUAUCGAGGAAAUAACAGAUGUGAUGUUGAAGAUAAGGUCCAAACUUGCUGCUAUGAAGAACAAACGAAAGAGGCCUUGA